UUUGUACUGCAGAAAUAUUCUAGGAAAACAAAGCUGAAAAAAUAUCUUGUGCAGCGAAGAAAAUGUUUUCAUUGUUAGUCAUUUGCUGGAUAACCGUUCUUGGCUUUACAAUGGUCUUUGGAUGGCUUGCUAAGAGAUUCUUCUCUUCUUCUAGUGUAAGACAUUCAAGCAUAAGGGACGAUGAAGCAGAAGAUAGUUUUGGAGAUGUCUUUAAAAACACAUGGCAGUCUCUUCCUGAGGGUUAUCAGUUCAUUUGCAAACCCUCUGCUCUUGCCAAUUGGUUGCUUAAAGAUAUCCAGCAUUUGUCACAAAUUGAGUCAAAAAAAUGGCUUUGGAGGACUUGGCCACAUCUUCAAACUGCUAUUCAACACUUAUUCCCAGCUGAUAGGACACUAGAACUAGCUAGGGACUAUCUGCAGCUGGCUGAUGGUGGUAUAAUCGCCUUGGAUUGGGUAGUGGGACCAAGGAUAGCUCCUAAACUAAGAAGAGGCACUAACUCUAUAAGUAGUCCUCCACUAGUCCUGGUAAUACCCAAUCCAUUUGGAAAGCUUACAAGGAACAUCCAGCAGUUUUGUAUACAGGCAUCAGAACAAGGCUACUACCCAGUUAUUUUUAAUAGGCGGGGGCAGAAUGACUGCCCAUUGGUUACUCUAAAAUUCCAGGCCUUUGGUGAGUCUGCAGAUCUGAAAGAAGCUGUCACUUAUGUUCGCUUCAAGCAUCCUUCCUCCUUGCUAUUUAUGGUUAGUGAAGGGCUUGGAUCAGGGCUCCUGCUUUCCUAUUUGGGGGAAUGUGGUUCAUCUAGUUAUGUCACAGCAGCAUCCUGUAUUUCCCCUGUAUUCCGUUGCCAGAAGUGGUUUGAGACUGGUCUGCCCUGGCUGUAUGAAUGGGUUUUGCUCCUCUAUCAGAAGAUGAUCAUCAGCAGAUACUCUACAGUCCUGGCUGAAGUUUUACCUAUGAACAAGCUUUUCAAUAGCUGUUCACUGAAAGAAUUCAACGAAAUCCUUUUUUGCCAGUUUAAAAACGAGAAGACCAGUUGGGAUAAUUAUUGGGACCGUAAUGACCCCCUGAGGGAUGUGGAUGAGGUUGCUAUUCCUGUAUUGUGUAUCUGUAGCUUUGAUGACCCAAUACGAGGCCUACCAGAAACCACUCUUCCUAUUGAACUUUUCCGAACUAACCCCUAUUUUUUUCUUCUUUUGACACAUUAUGGAGGUCACUGUGGCUUCCUUACUGACUCACCUAAAGCAGUCAGUCAUGAGGUUACUUUAAAUUAUUUUAGAUCUGUUACAGAGUUUUUUCGAGCUGAAGAAAAAGCAAAAGGAUUUUUUAGGCAUCGAGGUUCAAUUAUAAUUAACAGACGCAGAAGAGGAACCUUGCAAAAACGUGAUUUAUUGGUCAACACAGAUGAAAUGUUCAGCUGGAAAAGGUCUUAUACACGGUGACCCUAGACAGAAAGCUUGGUAUUCAAAUAGUAAAUAUGUUGUUAUCAGUUGUAUAGUAGUUAACAUAAAAUGUAUCAUAAAAGUAAAAUACAGAGGAAUACAGCAAUAAUUACCCUAUUAUCUGCCCCAUUUUCUCAUGUUUUAUUUUGUAUGGUGGGAAUAAAGUUAAACAUUUGAGUGUCUAGCUAUUUAAAAAUAUAGAUACCCACAGA